GGCUGUUCCAUCACUCGUGACUAAUCAGUGUGUUGUCAGGCUAUUGAUUCUACCAAAUAAACACUUAAACAUAAAACAUUUUACAACACAGUAAGCAUCACUUAUAGUCAUUUAUAUUAUUCUUCAAACUUAUGCCUACCUUUUUUUCUUUUUAAAUCUAUUUGGUUGUAUAAAUCGAUUUGUUCACAUCACAUUCACUUUAUUCACUCGACCGAAUCGGGAGUUUCAAACACAUCUUCCAAACUUGUAAUUGCUAGAGUUGAAGUUCUGUUAUCAUACGCACUUCCACCUACCGAUCAUAUAUUAGCUAUUGUCAAGUGACAGUUACAUUCGAUGUCAAAAUGUCUAAGUUCUGUCGAAAAAUGGUCAGAAAAGGCAGUAGACCAGUUUAUGGAUAUGAUGGAGAUUGUCCUGAAUGUAAAUUAGUAUGUCGUGUGUUCACCAAUGAUAUGCGUCGACCUGAACAUUUUUCAAUGAAAAAACAAGGAUUGUUAACUGCAGGAGAGAAAUUAAAAGAAAAGAUGCGUAAAGCUGAUGCACCAAAAGGUUUAUAUGAUAAUCCUUACAAUCCAGGUUUGUGGAAACGUAUCACAGCGAUAACUGCACCAUAUGCUAAAGAAUAAUAGUAAGCAUACCAAAGCUAUCACUGACACCGAUAAUAAUAAUAAUAAUAAUAACAUCAGGUGUAAAGAAGUGAAUGGAUGUGACUUCAACAGCUUCAAAAUAUCUGUACACUUUUAUGUUAUUCAUGUAAUACAAAAAAUAUACUUAUAUCUUACUUCGAAUAACUAAAAUGUAACUUGUAUAUUACCCUUCAGUAUUCUGUAGACUUCUGUAUGGAUACACUUUAACUGAGUAAGUCCAACACAAAUGUCGACUUUGACAAAUCUAAGUUUUCCGUUUAUUUUUUCGACUUCAUAAUAUAUUUGUUCGACUGUUAACUUUGGG